CUUCCUGACUGCGUCUACCUAUUUGCAAGCUACUACAGGAAAAGAAAUAUGGUUCGAAAGAAAGAUCGAUUUUGGGAGCAUGUUGAAAAACAAAAUAAUGGUCGUUUCAAAUGGUGCAUCAACUUCAAACAAGGAUAAGGAGAGGGAAAACAGCUCAACUUCAAUAUCAAAGGAUGACAAGUUAAGCAGAGUGUUUGAAAAGAGUAAGGCAGAAUACAUAGCUGAAAUUUUACUUGGUGUUUUUGUGGAGGGACUUCUAGCCAAGUUGAGAUCAAUUGUUAUAGAGCAACAUAUUAGUUUUGAGUUGGGUUUCAAGGAAGGGCUAAUAGACCUUCUUAUCUUGUUAACCCAAAUUCAACUUGUGUUAAAUGAUGCUGAGAAAAGACAAGCAAGUGAUGAUUUUGUGAGGAGUUGGUUAGUAGAGCUUAGACGUGUUGCUUAUGACAUUGAUGAUGUGUUAGAUGAGUUUGGCUAUAACAUUCUUCAGCAAAAGGUACUAAACUACUCUUCAACCUCUAAUGACAUUAUCAUUAUGGCAAACAAAAUUAAGACCAUCAACGAAUCAUUAAAUAGACUUAAAGGUGACAUUGCUAGUUAUGAUCUUCGAACGGAGUUUGUGAAUUCGAUCCCUGAGAUUAGCUUUAACAUGGAGAUAGACUCCUUCCUUGAUGAUUCAAAAGUUAAUCAAAAUGUUGGAAAUAACAUUGUUGAAGCAACCUAUUGUGAUAGUGUGAUAGAAAUCACGGAGACCCUUCCCCAGUAUGAAUUCUCAGAAUAUGAUUAUUGGUCCAUAUUCAAGAAAAGAGCAUCUGCAAAUGAAAGACUUCUAACUCUAGAUUUGGAGAAAAUUGGAAAGGAGAUUGUUAAAAAAUGUAAAAGGGUUCCAUGGGCUGCAGAAUUUUUAGGGAGAAUAAUGUACUUUAUACAUGAUAAAGGUGAAUGGCUAUCGAUUCAAAAUGAUAAAAAUUGGGAUUUACUUGACGAUAGAAAUAAUGGAGCGUUUCACAUAUUAAAGUUAGGCUAUGAUCAUCUUCGAACACCAUCUUUGAAACGAUGUUUCGCAUACUGUGCAAUUUUCCCUAAAGAUUAUAACAUGAAAAAGGACGAAGUAAUUCAGCAUUGGAUGGCUGAAGGGUUCCUUGAACCAUCUAAAGAAGGUAAUAAGGUGAUAGAAGAUAUUGGUAACAUGUAUUUCAAUAUUUUGUUGGCUACUUCCUUUUUCCAGAAUGCUAGAAAGAAUGCCUAUGGUGAUAUUAUUAGUUGUAAAAUGCAUAAUUUGGUGCAUGAUUUUGCGAUUUCAAUUUCAAAUUUUGAAAUUCUAAUUUUGGAGGGAGACUCUGUGGAUAAUGUUCGUAAAGUACAACCUUUAUUUGUCCGAUCUGAUGGCAAAACAACAUCAAGAACUUCAUUUAGUGGAGAUAAUUUCAUAAAAAUGCACACAUUAAUUUCAGAAAAUCUAGACUUUGAUGACAUGUUAUCAAAUUUUAAAUGCUUACGUGUUUUAAAAUUAUUUGGGCAUAGUAUAACAGGGUUGCCAAAUUCAAUUGAGCAGUUGAUACAUUUGAGGCUUCUUCACAUCUUGCACACUGAAAUUGAGGAAUUACCAAAAUCCAUUACCCAACUCUACAAUUUGCAAACUUUAAGAAUUGAUGAAUGCCAUAAACUCAUGAAGCUUCCGGAAGACCUAAGCAAUUUGAUUAACUUGAGACAUUUUAGUAUUGGAGGUUUGAUGAGUAUAUCAUGCAUAUGGAAACCACUCAAAAAUAUGGGACGGUUGACUUGCCUUCAAACAUUGCCAAUUUUUGUUGUGGGUCCAGAUGAAGGCAAUCGAAUUGAAGAAUUGGGAGCUUUAAAGAAUCUCAGAGGAGAAAUAGAGAUCAGGAAUCUAGAGAAUGUGGAAGACGAGGAAGAAGCCAAAAGUGCAAAAUUAAAAGAAAAGGAAAUAUUCAAGUUGGGAUUAUUUUGGAGACGUAUUCAUAGAAAAUUGGACAAGUAUGAUAGAGAUGAAAAGGUGUUGGAAGGUCUCCAUCCUCACCCAAAUUUGAAAAGCUUAACAAUCGAACGGUAUGGAGGAAAGAAAUUCCCAUCUUGGGUUAAUGAUUUGUCGCUAUUUCACAAUCUAAUUCAUAUCAAAUUGAAUUGGUGUAUGGCAUGUGAAGAAGUUCCCACUCUCGGGCAUUUACCCUGUCUUAGGGUUCUUGAAAUAUUAGGAAUGUUGAAGGUAAGAAGUAUAGGAAGUGAGUUUUACAGUUACAGUGAUGGGAGUUACACAAAUACUAUAUUAUUUCCGGCAUUGAGAAUACUCAAAUUGGUGGGGAUGCAUGGCUUAGAAGAGUGGAAGGAUGCAAAGAAGUUGACAAGCGCAGGUGAGGUGUUGUUAGUGCACACCUGCGUUUCCCUUAAGAAGUUGGUAGUAGAGGAUUGUCCUAAGCUGAGGUCAUUGCCAUGUGUCCCGUCGGUUAUUCGACACUUGGAGAUAAUAGGGUGUGGUAUUGAUGAACUACCUAGUGGGCUACAAUUCUGUGCAUCUCUUCAAUAUUUGGAGAUUAGAAGCUGUUUGAAUUUGAAAUCAAUUCCAGAAUCACUACACACCUGCGUUUCUCUUCAGAAGUUUGUAGUGCGAUAUUGUCAUCAACUGAGGUAUUUGCCAGGUGUCCCGUCAGUUAUUCAACACUUGGAGAUAAUAGGGUGUGGUAUUGAUGAACUACCCAACGGGCUACAAUUUUGCACAUCUCUUCAAUUUUUGACGAUUGAGGACUGUCCGAAUCUGAAAUCAAUUCCGGAAUCACUGCACACUUGCGUUUGCCUUCAGAAGUUCGUAGUAUUAUGUUGUCUUAAUCUGAGGUAUUUGCCAGGUGUCCCGUCAGUUAUUCGACACUUGGGUAUAAUAGGGUGUGGUAUUGAUGAACUAUCCAGUGGGCUACAAUUCUGUACAUCUCUUCAAUUUUUGAAGAUUGGGGACUGUCUGAACCUAAAAUCAAUUCCAGAAUCACUACACACCUGUGUUUCCCUUCAAAAGUUCGUAGUAUUCUGUUGUCCUAAUCUAAGGUAUUUGCCAGGUGUCCCGUCAGUUAUUCAACACUUGGAGAUAAUAGGGUGUGGUAUUGAUGAACUACCCAGUGGGUUACAAUCCUGUACAUGUCUUCAAUUUUUGAAGAUUGGGGACUGUUCGAACCUGAAAUCAAUUCCAGAAUCACUGCACACCUGUAUUUCCCUUCAAAAGUUCAUAGUAUUCUGUUGUCCUAAUCUAAGGUAUUUGCCAGGUGUCCCGUCAGUUAUUCAACACUUGGAGAUAAUAGGGUGUGGUAUUGAUGAACUACCCAGUGGGCUACAAUCCUGUACAUCUCUUCAAUUUUUGAAGAUUGGGGACUGUUCUAACCUGAAAUCAAUUCCAAAAUCACUGCACACCUGUAUUUCCCUUCAAAAGUUCAUAGUAUUCUGUUGUCCUAAUCUGAGGUAUUUGCCAGGUGUCCCGUCAGUUAUUCAACACUUGGAGAUAAUAUUAUGUGGUAUUGAUGAACAACCCAGUGGGCUACAAUUCUGUACAUCUCUUCAAUAUUUGAAGAUUAGCUGCUGUUUGAAUUUGAAAUCAAUUCCAGAGUCAUUGCACACCUACGUUUCCCUUCAGAAAUUCGUAGUAUACCGUUGUCCUAAUCUGAGGUAUUUGCCAGGUGUCCCGUCAGUUAUUCAACACUUGGAGAUAAUAGGGUGUGGUAUUGAUGAACUACCCAGUGGGCUACAAGUCUGUACAUCUCUUCAAUAUUUGAAGAUUGAGGACUGUCCCAAUCUGAAAUCAAUUCCAGAUUUAGGAGAAGUAUUUCAUUCUCUUAUUAAUUUAAAACUUAGCAACUGUCCUGAUCUAAGACUGAAGCUUUUGCGAGAAGGCCGCUUAAAGAAUUUGGUAAUCAGUGGGUUUAUUGAAGAGUCGGAUGCUUUCCCGAUUCUGCGUUAUCCUUCCAUUCACGCGUCCCUCAAAAAGCUAAUAUUGCUUGGGAGGCCUACACUCAACUCUCUCCCGAAUGAAAUUCAACUCUUCACUGCCCUUGAAGAGCUGCGGAUACAGAACUUUAACGGAAUGGAAGCUUUGCCUGAUUGGUUGGGCAAUCUUUCUUGUCUUCAAAAGCUGUCUCUUUGCUAUUGCAAAAAGCUGAUGGAUCUUCCCAUUCUACACCUCACCAAUUUAAAACAUCUGCACAUUGAUGAUUGCCGCAAUUUAGAGAAAAGAUGUGCAGAAGGGAGCAGCGUUGAGUGGUUCCAGAUUGCCCAUGUUCCAAACAUCAGAAUCAAAGGAAAAUACAUCCAAGGGAAGGAUUCUGAGGACUCUGACAACUUUGACGGCUUUGACACUGAUAAUGAAGAAUUUGACGUCUUUGACGACUGA